AAGGCCUGUCUAAAUCGCGAAUUGACUGGCUUCGGAAUAAGUGUAACAAUACAACUAUUUACAAGCUGCCGAAAUUAGAUUUCAAUUUGUAGCUUCUUAGAUCCUCUAAGAAGUAUUAAAGAGUUGGGUUUCCUUCGGAUAAUUAUACAGCACUAUGAUGGCUCUAGUCAAUGACGUAACGGGGGUUCCUGGGAGGGCUGGAAUAUCGGAUCAGCCACUGUUGGCAAAAGAUGGAAAACGAAAGUCCAAGAAGCGGGUACGGGCCUUUACUUCCGAGGAUCGAGCUUCACAUCGCUCUAUUGAAAAGCAGAGGCGCGAAGCUCUUAAUCAAAGCUUUCUUGAACUUGCACGCCUGCUUCCACCUCUGGCCCAUGCCCGUCGGCUUUCCAAAUCUCUCAUUGUUAACGAGAGCAUCUCGUACCUUAAUGAGCAACGCGCGAUCCGCCUUGCUGCUGCUAGCGAAAUCCGUGACCUUCUCGCGGAUUACAAUUCACUUAUUACGCAACUAAACGCCCUCCAAUAUCUUCACGUUCCAGGAGAGAGCCAGCAACUACCGCACCGUAUAACAACAAAGGCGCUUUCGGCGUUUAUGGAUGCAGAACGGGAAGAAUUUGGCACCUUUCCUGGUGGAUUUGGUGACAAUGGCCCAUACGACGAUGUUGAGGGUGACCAGGGUAGAGAAAUCGAUUAUUUCGUAACUCAACCUGAUAACUCGGACUUCACUACUGUAUUAGAGAACCCGACGAAUGGUCUAGUGGAUACCACCCCUCCUCUACCCAAUUCUAUACCAAUGCAAUUACCACUUAACACGCUCCAGACAAACACUGACGAUCCUAGAACACAACAAAGGGAAUUGAAUCCGUUACAAUACUCAUCUAUGCCCAAUUCUCUUGCGACUGGGGAUCUAACGUCUUUGAACAGCGAACUUCUCGACAAUUUGCUUUCUGACAAUGAAUGGCCACUUGAUAUGUUAUUCGAGCCAACUUUUCAUACCAACACCGGUUCAACACAGUUAUUAUACAACAAUAGUGUCUCCUUAUCACAAUUUCGUGGGCAGAACCAUCCUAGGGCUGAGAACGGUGGUUUUGACUUCAUACAAUAACUUUCAGCCUUGGUAUUCAGUUUGAUCUUGCAUCAGAAAUGAAAUAGGAAGUGCUAUGAUGAAGCGAACCUAUACAGUUGCCUUAUACCUGUUUCAUUGCCUCCUCAAUCGCCGCCUUGCUUCGCAAUUCCCCGCCUUUGAAAAGAUCAAGUGCUUCAAACAGGCGGGUCUUGGUGACUGGAUCCGCCUCGAUAGCCUUUUCUAGCUCGGCUCCAUUGUUUGCAAGGUAGUCUAUGUCGGUGCUAGCCAACUUGCCAUCCCAGUUCGCCGCUGCGAGUGGGUCUGUCUUUGCCAGCUUCAAGAGUCGGGCGGGGGUUGGACCUGCACCCUUGUACGCAUGCAUGGGCUUUGGUACGCCUUCUCCUGGCUGCUUGCUACCGUCAUAGUCGAGCUUGCUGAGCUGAGUGAGUACAUCAGACGAGAUGGUGGCAUGGUGGCAACCCAUUUCACCAGCAGCCAUUGCUUCCUUAGGAGAGAUGAAACUAGAGCUGUUAGGAAUAUAACACAGUCGCAGGAAGAUGGCAACGACAUACCUAGCGGAUUUCACCAUGGGCUGUUCCUUUCCUGUCUCCUUGUAGAGACGUUUGUACGUCUCUAGUAUCUGUAUCAUUCUUGCAGACAUGGUGUGUUGUGUUGCCGGAUCUUCGACAUCUGGCCAGAGAGCCAGCUCGGCGUGGGCGCGCACCUCUGGGACGAACUCUUAGGGGCUGAUAUACAGACAUCCAGCUUGGCUUGAAGCAAUUGCUUGUGGCAGUCCAAAGAGCGAAGUGCCAAGUGUUCGGAUGCCAUCUUUAAGCAAAAUAGGACCAGCGUUCAUGGCAGGGCCAGUGCAAGGAAUCUUAAUGCAGAAUCGAUCCUUGGAGAUUCCAACGCUCUCGAAUUCGCGCGCAUAUGCGCGGGCAUGCUCAACAACCUUAUCUGUGUCGUAUGCGUGGAAUGGCGAUGUUUGCAACAAGACACGGCCUUGAAUGUUAUCGAUGUUCUCGGCGCAGAGGAGGACGCUCUAUGAAUCGCAGAGUUAGUUUCAGAACCUGUCACCAGUGCUUGCAAACAUACAAUGCGUGUGAGGAUAGCUUCCCAGCCCUGUUCUUUACGCUCCUUUACCGCCUUGAGAAACAGCUCCUUAUUCUCGGGGAUGGACAUCUGCUCGUUCACCAACAACUGGUUGCUGGUUUGGUUGUGUGGCUUGAAGGGAAGGCUCUUCGCAAAGGUCGGAUCCAUAGAAUCAACGUCGAC